GAGCUCAAGCUGCCCUUAGGGAUGGCUGAAGGAGGGCACACCUGGACACGGCUCCCUCCCUGCCCCUCCAGGCAGGGUGCACCGAGGAGGCUGUCAGGAGAGGAAUGAGCCUGGAGUGAGCGAUCCACCGGCUCUCCGGCACUUGGAGAGCAGCAGCAGGCAAGGAUGGACGUGGUCGACAGCCUUCUCGUGAAUGGGAGCAACGUUGCUCCCCUCUGCGAACUGGGGCUCGACAACGGGACGCUGUUCUGCUUGGAUCAGCCCCGGCGCUCCAAAGAGUGGCAGCCGGCAGUACAGAUUUUCCUGUACUCCUUGAUAUUCCUGCUCAGCGUGCUGGGGAACACGCUGGUCAUCACCGUGCUGAUCCGGAACAAGAGGAUGAGGACCGUCACCAACAUCUUCUUGUUGUCCCUGGCUGUCAGUGACCUCAUGCUCUGCCUCUUCUGCAUGCCCUUCAACCUCAUCCCCAACCUGCUCAAGGAUUUCAUCUUCGGGAGUGCUGUCUGCAAGACCACCACCUACUUCAUGGGCACCUCUGUGAGUGUUUCCACCUUUAAUCUGGUGGCCAUAUCUCUGGAGAGAUAUGGUGCAAUUUGUAGGCCCUUACAGUCCCGCGUUUGGCAGACGAAAUCCCACGCUCUGAAGGUGAUUGCUGCUACCUGGUGCCUCUCCUUUACCAUCAUGACUCCGUACCCCAUUUAUAGCAACUUGGUGCCUUUUACCAAAAAUAACAACCAGACCGCAAAUAUGUGCCGCUUCCUACUGCCAAAUGAUGUUAUGCAGCAGUCCUGGCACACGUUCCUGCUGCUCAUCCUCUUUCUUAUUCCUGGAAUUGUGAUGAUGGUGGCAUAUGGAUUAAUCUCUUUGGAACUCUAUCAAGGAAUAAAAUUUGAUGCUAGCCAGAAGAAAUCUGCUAAAGAGAGGAAACCGAGCACGGGCAGUGGCAGCCGAUUUGAGGACAGCGACGGCUGCUACCUGCAGAAGUCCCGGUCCCCGAGGAGGCUGGAGCUCCAGCAGCUGUCCACCCGCAGCGGCAGCGGCAGGCUCCACCGCGUCCGGAGCAGCAGCUCGGCCGCCAACCUGAUGGCCAAGAAGCGGGUCAUCCGCAUGCUCAUGGUCAUCGUGGUCCUCUUCUUCCUGUGCUGGAUGCCCAUCUUCAGCGCCAACGCCUGGCGGGCCUAUGACACCACCUCUGCCGAGCGCCACCUCUCAGGGACCCCCAUUUCCUUCAUCCUCCUGCUCUCCUACACCUCCUCCUGUGUGAACCCCAUCAUCUACUGCUUCAUGAACAAACGGUUCCGCCUCGGCUUCAUGGCCACCUUUCCCUGCUGCCCCAACCCGGGGCCCCCGGGGGCGAGAGGAGAGGUGGGAGAGGAGGAGGAAGGCAGGACCUCGGGGGCGUCCCUGUCCAGGUACUCCUACAGCCACAUGAGCGCCUCUGCUGCACCCCGGUGAGCGGCCUGCCCUCCACUGCGCUGGGAGGAGGGGGCCAGGGAG